UCAGCAACAAUUACAAGCAAGAACAGAAAUCCCGGCAAGCUUCGCGUUCGAUUGACUGCAUCUUUUCCUGAAAGUGAACAUGCAGUGCAUGGAGUUUCUUGCAGGAUCAGGAUGCAGCAUUGCAUUGCAGCCGACCCUGUCGUGGAGUAAUCAUUAGCAGUAGAAAUGAAGGCAGCGACCCAACCCAAAUCCAACUCUAGAUUUCCUCCUCUUAUCCUUUCUGUUCUUGAAUUGAUCUUGUUAAGCUCAUCUUCUCAUCCGCUAAUGACAGUGAUGGUAAGCAAAGCGCCAUGAGCAUUGGGACCGGAUUUGCAACGCGAGAUGAUUAGGGUUCAUGGUGUUCCCCACAUGACAGCGUGCUUGGAUCAACCGCUUUUGUCUUCUCCAGCUCAGCUCGUCUUCUCCGCUUCAUCCAUCUAUUAUAAAACUGAAACUCUGAUGAGUUUUUCAAUGCUUCCAUGUCUAUUGUUUCUCUGGGAUUUGUCUGUCUGAUGAUCUCACUGGAUUUGGAAACGCCGUGUUCUUGGAUACUCGUUUUUCGUUUUUUUUUUAGUUGUGCUGCUACCUAAUUGAUGAAAUAUUGAAUUGAAGGUUUGAAGGAUGUGGCAUUCUGUUGAUUUGGAUUAAUAAUAGAAUUGGGUUUUGGAGUAUUUUAUACUCGUCGUGUACGGAUAUAUAUGCCCAUUCCUCUGAAUUUUAAAAAGAAUUUUGCUUUUGAGUAAAAUAUUGGCAUAGUUGACGACUUUUAAAAGCGAAUUGAGCACUAUAUAAACAACCACAUCCCGAUGCAGAAGGCAGACACGAAACAGCUUUUGCAUUGCAUCAUGUCGAAGACAAGGAUGGACGGCAAGGUGGCCAUCGUGACCGGCGGCGCGAGCGGCAUCGGCGAGGCGGCGGCGCGGCUGUUCGCGUCGUGCGGCGCGACGGUGGUCAUCGCCGACGUCCAGGACGAGCUGGGCGAGGCGGUGGCGGCGUCGGUGGCGGGGGGCGGGUGCCGGUACGUGCGGUGCGACGUGACGGACGAGGCGCAGGUGGAGGCGGCGGUGGCCGCCGCGGUGGCGGAGCACGGGCGGCUCGACGUGAUGGUGAGCAACGCCGGCGUGCUGCUCCCGACGGGGCCCGUCGUGGACAUGGACCUCGCGGCUCUGGACCGGGUGAUGUCGGUGAACUUCCGCGGCGCGGCGGCGUGCGUGAAGCACGCGGCGCGCGCCAUGGUGUCGCGCGGCACCCGCGGCGCCAUCGUGUGCACGGCGAGCGUGGCGUCGUGCCAGGGCGGGUUCGGGCCGGCGGCGUACACGGCGUCGAAGCACGCGGUGCUGGGGCUGGUGCGCGCGGCGGCCGGCGAGCUCGGGCGGCACGGCGUGCGCGUGAACUGCGUGUCCCCCGGCGGCGUGGCGACGCCGCUGAGCUGCGGGCUGACGGGGAUGAGCCCCGAGGAGAUGGAGGCGGCGGCGGAGCCCCACAACGUGCUCCGCGGGAAGGUGCUCAAGGCGGCGGACGUCGCGGAGGCCAUGCUCUUCCUCGCCUCCGACCAGGCCGCCUUCGUCAGCGGCCACAACCUCGUCGUCGACGGCGCCACCACCGCCGUCAACUACGCCGUGCUCCAGUCCGUCGGCCUGUGACACGGACCGACGCCAUUAAUUUAAUUUAAAAGAAAAACAUAUCUUUACGAUAAAUUUUACCGCGUUUUGACUGGAAAGAUGAUCCCUUUUUCUUAUUAGGCGAUCAAUGGUGACGUGGUGUCAUAGCAUGUGGUUUGUAAAAUUGUGUUUGUUCGUUUGUAAUAUUAUAUGUUGGUUGCCAUUGCAUCUCAUCAUGAUGCAACCUUUUGGACUCAGUGGAGCAUGUUUUCAUGUAACAAUUUUUGAGUUUUGAAUUUGUAAAUUUGUCUGACAUAAUUUGUGUUUAUGUCUCUUCUCGGUUA